GGCCGUUUUUUUGGGGUGGGGGGUGGGGUCCUGUUUAUAAUAUUGAAACAUGUACGGUAGAGAAAUAAGGAUUUCACUUUGCUCCAGCAAUGAACAUCUGCCAGAAGUAACGAGGAAACGGGUAACGUUCGCCGAACAGGGCUGCAAAGGGCAGGAUUUCAUUCGAGCCAAGCAGAUCUCAGCAACAAGGUCAUCAGGACAUUGCUACCCACAGAGUAACAGAUACACUGACCACACAACCAUAAUCAAGAGCCAAGAGACAUUGCAUUCUAAAGCCAUGCAGCUGUCUGGCACACCCCAACUGAAAACUAUACACAUUCCCAAGUCAAUGAAGACUGCCCCCUUUCUGCAGCACCCAGACUUGACUACAGGACAGAAGAGGUAUCUGUGCAGCAUUGCCAACGUCUACAGCACAGAACACAUGCGCACACAGAUAAGGAGGCAGUAUCUGAACAUGCUGCAGCACUGCAUGCAAACAGGCUCCAUCAUGUCAUGUGAAAAUUCGAACUCCAGUGCCAAAGUGCUGCUCCACCAGCAGACCCUGUCCCAAGUGGGCAAGAGGACUGAACCUCUCCGAAAUAACAAGCCCAUACCAGGAGGGCACAGACAAACCCACACUGGGAACAUUGUUCUCCCUAGUAUAAUAGAUGGAGGACACAGGGUGCAGUCCAGCAUGCCAGCCUCCAACCAGAGAAGAACCAGCAAAGCAAAGACAAAGACAGGGACACAAAAGGAAGAAAGAUACCAAGAUUAAACUUGACCGUGUAAGAAAGGAGCAAAAGCCUGGAGAGGAGUCGUUGUUGCAAACCAUAAGCUCUUUAUCUAUUGAAGUGGAGCAGGGAAAAUCCGACAGCCUGUCAGCGGAAUUCUACAAUUACAAAUCAACAUAGCCACACUGAUAAAGCUCAUUGACAGAAAGCGGUCGUUUUAUUGUGAGUGCACGGCAGUACUGAUGUCUUUUAUUCAUAUUUUUUUUUGUAUUCAUCCGCUUGGUGAAAGUAGUUCCUUAAAAGUUCCUUCAUUUCCUUUGUUCUCCUAAAUAGCGAGUAGGGAUAUUACUUCAUGUCAAUGAUAGUUAGAUUUCAAGACCCCUAUCAGAUUGUUAAAUAGAUUAGAAUACAGUAAUAUAGCUCUUCAGAAUGCACUGGAUCCACUUCCAAUGAACUGUUUUACUUAGUGGUUCUGUGCAUUGUCCUCAAGUGCAAUUGGGGCAUUAAGUGGUUUCUUCCACUGUGAUCCCACUUAUCAAGCUGCAGCCCCAAGGGAUCUCAAGAGGUAGCCAUCACAUGUAAAUCAUCCAGUAUUUCAUUACUUAAAUGAGUUUGCUUUCGCGUGAUUAGUGGAUGACAGAAUGAUCACAGACUAGGUUUGCUGUAAAAAUGCUAGGUGUGCUCCAGAGUUGAAGAGUGGAGACAUUCAUAGUGUGUGUUUAUUAUAUGCAUACGGGCAACAAGGACUACAAAAAGUAUAUGUAAAAUGAACAAACAAGCCGGUUGUAAUUAGCUUAAAAUACACUGUGUGUCUGAAUUGUCAAUACAGGAGCCUGUUGAAUUUAAUCAAAUCCACAGCAAAAAUAAAUCUUGUAUGUGGAUUUUUUUUUUUUUUUUUUUAGCACUACCUGCCCAUGCAACAAUCUUCCACAUUUCCCAGUGUGCUGUGCAGGUGGGACUGGGAGAUAACAAGGCAGUGCUGUACUUGGAAUUGACAAUACUUCUUAAACACAGUUAAACCAUAGCUUUUAAAAUGAAAAACAACAAAACAAACAUGAAUGAGGUUUUAUUACAACAUCGGUACAUUGGGCAAAUGAAGUCCUCUAAUGUUCCAUGCGGCAUUUCUAAACUACCAUAUAUCUUUUCAGUAAUGGGAUUUAAAAGAGAAUAUUUACAGGACUACGCUUAAAAAAAAAAAAAAAAAAAAAAGUAAGUCUUAGACAUGCUUUUUUUUUUUUUUUUUUU